GUUCCGCCCCUUAUAGAAUCGAUUAUUGAUGGGAAGAUAUUAUUUAACUAUCCAAAAUAUUAUUUAAUUAUUUUCAGAAUUAUUUUCUUUCAAUGUUUAUUCAAAUAGAACUUAAACCCAUCUCAGAAUUUUUAAAUGCUUGAUGACGUCACAUUUAAAACGUGGCAACAUUGGUUUCCCCACUUUGACAGCCAAUGCUUAGUCGAGGGGUACGAAGGAUUCAGCUGUGAACGUGAGCCUUGGAUUGCCAUUGUUUCUCGAGUGUUCGGUCUGAAUCGUAGUGUGCGGGGUCAUUAGACUCAAUUAUUCACCUCUAAUUCUCAGUUCCAAAUUGAUUAAAUAUUACAAUAAAAGUAUAGUGAAGUUAUCCAGCAGCAGUGGAUUUGAAGAAUUUUAGAGCAUACUAUAUCCAAUGAGUUCUACCCCGCACCUACCAUGAAAUCUUAAAGCCACCCUACAACAACACCAAGGCCAGACCACACAGAGAGAAACAAUCAAUAGGCGACCAGCCUGGAUUAUUUCCACAUUUUCUUUUUUUGAGUACCUCCAGCUGCUUUCCAACAGUUUUGAGUACCUUCAGCUGCUUUCUACCAGUCUUCCUCUCCUGUACCUCCAGCAGGACAGCUGCUAGCGAGAGUUAGCACCCUUGGGUGCUCAUUACAUCAACUUCAAGAUUAGGAAAGAGUGGUAAUUUGCGCAGUCCAAUUUACAAAACAAGAGAUAUUUACAAGACUGAGGAUAUUACGGCAGAACCAAUGGAUGUGGAUAAUUCAUACACCGAAGAGCGUUUCCCUUCAAUGAUAUGCCAAGAAAGAGUAAGAUGCAGACAAAGCAAAAACAAAAGUAAUAACCAAUUAAAAUCAGAGAGUCAACCAUGUAAACAAGAAUUUCCAUACGUUCACACCACAGAAGAUCUAGAUACUGAUGAGACUGAUACCAAAACUGAGAACCAUGACAGUUUACCCCAACCAACACAGAGACUUAGAGUUAUACAUAUAACUCAAACAAAAAAGAGUAAUAAUUUAUACAAGAGCUGUAUGCUUUUUACGAUAUUAGCUCUUGCCUUUUAUAUUUAUUUGUAUCCAAAUACCAUAUUUGUAAACAGUGAUAUCCAGAUAGAUAACGUUAGAAGAGAUUUAGAAACGAACAUUAUCGGGCAUACAAAAGUAGUAGAGAAUUUUAUUCGGGUAUUACAACGAAGAGCUACAUGGGCUGAUAAGUUAAAAGUUGUAAGUUUUGUAGGAUCCCACGGAGUAGGAAAGACGUAUUUUGCUAAGUUAGUCCAAAAGCACUUUCAUUCCAAUUUGGCACAUGAGAUUCAUGCUUCCCAUUUGGAUUAUAAAGUAAAAAGGCGAGAAAUUUUAGACGCAAUCGACAGUUGCUGUUUAAAUUUAAUUGUCAUCGAUGACUUAACAAACGUCGAUAGUAUUGAACUCUUCGAGUUUGCUUAUUCUCUUCCUAAAGACUCGUUCAUACUUUUAAUUGCCAUCUAUAACAUACAUUAUAUUGACGAGAGUCUGAAUAAAGUUGUAAAUUACGAUGAUAUAAUAAAAAUACGAGACAGUUACGAUAAUUCUGGCAUUAAAGGUUACGAGUUAUUUGUAUUUCAAGAUUUAACAAGUGAUCAAAUUCGAGACUGGGUUCAAAAAGAACUAACCUUAAAAAAUAUUUCUUUGCCUCAAAGUAAGGAAAUCAUGGAAACUGUUUUAGAAAAUCAUGAUACAAAAAGUGGAUUAAAAGGGUUGCGUUCCAAAGUGUUAUUGGAAUUGCAAAAAUAUAUAAAUUAAAUUAUUUGUCAAUUGACAUUGCAUUUGACAUUGUUUUAGCCUGUUCGGCACAAUGUUUUUAACUUAUUUAUUGUGUUUUCUAUAUGUCUGUGACAUAUUGGAACUUGAGUUGACUAUUAAUUCUUUUUUUUAUUCCAUUUUCAAUUUUUUCUUUAUUGUUGUAUAUUUAUCUGUAACUGUGUAAUUCGUUUCUCAAGUUUUUUUAUAUUGUUAAUUCGCGGAUUAAAAAUUGUUAAUUCACAGAUUAAAAUUUUGUUAAUUGUUUAUUUCUUCGCUCCUCUGGUGUAUAAAAACAUAUUUAAAAGUACGUUUUUAAAGCAUUUUUUGGAGAAAAAACUUUCGAAUUUUUGACUGAUAUUUUUAAAAAAUAUGUAAUGUAAAAUUGUUUUAUUAAAAUUGAUAUUUUAUUUCUACUGUG